AUGGUGGAUUUGAUUUUUGGUGCGAAGCUGACCGUUGAUGUUUUCAAUGGCCAUGAUUCGAUUAGUGGAGAACGUCCCCUUGGUGAUGACAAAUGGAGACGUUUUGAGAAUACUUUUGCUAUUCCAAAGAAUUGCAGUGCAGAAAGAAUUCAUGCCAAAUUUACAGGUAAUCGUCUUAGUCUUAUAUUGCCAAAGGCAGUAGUAACUCAGGAUCCUCCACCAGCUACAACACAACAAUCGGUAGCGAGUCCAAAAUCCAGGAAUGACAAGGAACAAGUAGCUGAUAGCGCUAAAGAAGUGUCAGAAGAGAAGAACAAUCAAGGCAACGUAACAGAUGAUGCUAAGAAAGAAGCAAAUGUAGCUGGUGGUGAAUCUGUUGGUGCCCAGACUGUGAUUGGAAGCAAGGACGACAGUGCAGCAUCCGCUACUGGUCUUGCUUCUGUGUUGAAGAAGCCAAGGCGCGUGGCUUUCAGUGUUAYCAUAACCAUUGCUGUGCUGGUGGGUCUAGGGAUUUAUGCAGCACAGAAACUCAGAUCUUCUGAAGGGGUUGAAAACUAG